AUGUCACCUUUUCGAAGAGUUGCACUCAUCGGUAAAGGCGUUUUGGGCACUGCUGUCCUUGAGCAAUUGUCGAAAAAUGGCUUUGAUGUAACAGUGCUGAGCCGCGACCCUUCUUCUCUCAGUGGACUCCCUAUAGGGGUAUCUACCUCUAGGGUCGAUUAUACUUCUAUCGACAGCUUGGCUAGUGCUUUGCAAAACCAGGAUGCUGUGGUUGCCACCCUUGGAGGAGCUGGGAUACUUGGGCAGAAGGUCAUCAUUGACGCUUGCAUUAAAGCUGGGGUCAAACGCUACAUUCCGUCUGAUUGGGGCUCCAUCACGACGGAUCCCAGGGCACGCUACCUUCCAACAAAUCAUCAUUCGGUCGAAAUCCAGGAUUAUCUGAAGGAGAAAGCCCAAAAGGGUGAACUUGAGUACACGAUUCUAUCAGUCGGUGGCUUCUUCGAUCUUCUCCUGGAUAUGCCGUUCCUGUUGGAUCUCUCCGCCUCAUCGGUCGAGUACUUCGACAAGGGACAACAUCCUUUUAGCGUAACGACCCUUAACGGCGUUGGAAAGGCCCUUGUGGGUGCUCUGAAUGCAUCGGCACAAACUAAGAAUCGGAAUAUUUUCAUUCAUCAAGCCGUCGUCACGCAAGCGAAAAUAGUCUCCAUCGUCAAAAAACAUUCUUCACCUGGACGCCAGUGGCACGAGACAUACGUGGACGCCGAAACCAAGUUCAAGGAAGGUCUGGAUUUAUCUACGAAAAACCCUGGUGAUUUCCGAUCUGUCAUGGCGUUGCUCAAGGCCGCGCUCCUCAGUGGUAAAUUUAACUCGGCAUAUUCUACAGUGGACAAUAGCUUAGUCGAUCUUCCAAUGCUGGGUGACGAAGAAUUGGAGAAUCUGGUGGCUGGAAAGCUUCGCGAAAAGGGACAAUAA